AUGUCUUUGAAGCGAUUACAACUAGCUCGCACACUCUAUCGUUCGUCUCAGAUUGGACAAGAAUCUUUACCCAAUCUUCUUGGUAGCUGCAGGAGCUAUUCCAAUGCUUUAGCAAACGGUUCUGAUUGUAGCUUUAAGGGUUUACAUCCCUGUUUGUUUAAAGGCAACGAUGGAUUUUCAUUAGCUAGUGUUAAAAGUUUGACACUUCAAUCUACAAUGGCUGCGGAGUUUUCCAUUUUCAUGAAUGAUAGAAGGAUGUCGACUAUUGUAUCCAAAACCCCUACUGCACAAGUGCGGAGUGUGGGAGCACAGAUAGCCUUGGCAAGUCCUGGAUUUAUCUAUGAACCUUACGAACCUCGUGAGAAAAUCCCAUUUUGGAAAAGGUGUUUUACAAGAAGUGGUUGGAAAAGAACGAAAAACGACAUAAUUCUGGAGCUCAAAAGUGCCUAUGCCAUUGCAAAGUUAAGAAAAACAGGAUAUUCAAAGAGUCAGUUCUACAAAGAGGCUAUCAGUAUGUACAAGGAGAUAAACACACUAAUAGCUAAUGGAGACAAAAAAUCAUUAAGGAAAGCAGUUACCGAGAAGAUGUUUUCUACACUUAAGAAUGAAAUCAAACAACGAGAAACUACAUGGAGCGGGGUUUACUGGGAAUUGGUUGAGCCUGUUGUUAUGAUACGAACUCUGCGUGCCCGUAUGAUCGGAGUUGACCGAAAUGACACAAAUAAAGUAUUUUAUCAGCUCACUAUGGAGAUUUUGGCUAAACAAAAAUUUGAAGGAUAUGAUUUAAAAGGUUCUGUUGUUGCUGGAGAUAAAAACAAAGAGAUUCUUGUCCGUGAUAUAUGGGUGUUUGAGAAGUCUACGUUUCACCCUGGAGCAUACUGGCGCCUUUGUGGACGGAUAACUCCAAAAGCAUCAUAG